AGGGGUUUGUGUGUGUGUGUGUGUGUUUGUGAUUCAUUGUUUUCACCGAUUACAUAAGGGAAAAUACUUUCUCUAGAUAAGAGAAACUCAAUUAUUAAUGUUCAAAUCGCUUUUUACAAACAUUUCUAACGUAGUUAGAGGAUCGAGCAGAUUUACUGAAGGGUCUGCCAUGGAGCUUCUUCAUGACGUUGACGUCCCUGUUGAGAAGGCGACUUUUGGAAUGGGCUGCUUUUGGGGCAUUGACUCUCUCUACGGGGGAAAAGUUGGAGUGAUUCGCACUAAAGUUGGAUACGGAGGGGGGAAGAUGGCAAACCCCACUUACUAUAACAUAGGUGAUCACACAGAAAUUACUCAGGUCGAUUUUGAUCCUAAGAAGAUUACUUAUGAAGACUUGCUGAAGGAGUUUUGGAAAAAUCACGACCCAAGCUACAAAAUGAAAACACAGUACUGUUCCCUGAUUCUCUACCACAGUCCUGAACAGAAGGCUCUGGCAGAGAAGACGAAGGAGGAAUACAAACAAACACAAAAAAAAGAAGCGUCCACAAGGAUCGAGCCUUUUGACAAAUUUUAUGACGCUGAAGGCUAUCAUCAGAAGUACCGUUUCCAACAGCACACGGACCUCUUGAAAGGGUUGGGGUUCAAGAAAGACGAUGAGAAACUGAAAAGUUCGCACGUUGCAGCUAGAGUCAACGCCUACCUUGUAGGGAUGACUACGGUGAAGCAGUUUGAAGAGGAAGCACCAAAAUUGGGAUUCAACACAGAAACGACCGACUACAUCCGAGAAUAUGUGGUGAAAUACCAAGGAAGAGGAAUGGUGUGUUAAACAGAGUGAUACAAAAUAUCACUAAUGUGCCUACAAUAGACAAUAGACAAAUUUAUUUUUUAUGUUCUAAAAAUUCAUCUUGCAGAUGAAUUUUCAAGAAAUACAAUAUGUUUCUUUAGAUCUCUUGCUUUACAAGUAUUUUCUGGUCUUCUAUCUUUAUGAGACUAGCUGCUGUACCCGUGCUUUGCAACAGAAAGAACUACUAUACCGCCGGAUCUAAACACUUGUUAAAUAGUUGUAUUUGUAUUGUAUUUGUAACAAAUUUAUAAACAAAAAAAGCCACAAAAAAUAAACAAAAAAGUAUGGUAUAGGUCUCCAUUGUAAUUUUCCUACUUUUUACAUAAAAAUAUGUCAAUACCUAACUUUAUUUUCAUAACUUGGACAUUUUAAUAAAUCGAAAGGAGAGCCUGGGUUGAUACAGCAACAGCUAUACCUUUUAGCGAAUUUCCCAUAUAGGGAAUAAGCCAUUACCGUAGAAUCCAUUCACAAAUUAAAAUAGGCUCAAAAGUCAAAAUAACCACAAAACAUGAAUUUUAAUUAAAAAAAUUACAUGGGCCUUACGGGUUGCCGAAAUAACAACGAAAUAUAAACAGAAAAAUCAUAACAAAUGGAAGGAAUUCCAAUCACAUGAUUUAUUUACAGCGUGGGAUGAAAUUAGAGAAAUCUGUAGCCUAUAUUACAUAUCUUUGGUUGAUUUUUCGGCCACUGGACGACCUGUGUUAUAUGUAUGUGUUAUAAUGUAUCCGUUAGCAAGAUAACUCGAGCAAAAAUGGUCCGAUUUUGAUGAAAUUUUGGUACAACCUACGUUUAUUUAAACAAGUUUGAGAACCAGCGUGAUCAGACCAUGGGAACGGGGAUUUAUGGGGUAAAAAUUGGUUUUCCUAAUUUUUUACAAUAAAAACAUAAUAUUUCCUAAUUUCUCUCUAAAUUAUUUUGAAGAGCUUAAAAAACAAAUAAUUUAGUAAAUCGACACAUUCAACAUCUCUGUGAAUGUUGGGAUGUUUUGUUCGCAUGGCUAGGGAGGUCUUAUUCCUGAUUUUGAAAUCACGUAGAGUGUGGCAGGUCCAAAUCCCGCUAAAUAACCGAUGGAUUUUUUCCAAGAGAUAACUCUGUGACCCCGGGCUGGAACAUAGCAUCCUAGGACAAAAAGUAUAUGUUCAAAUUCACCCAAAUCAUCUUUACACAACAAACUAUUAUUUUAUGAAAACCGCAUAUUAAAUGUAUAUUGCUGCACUAGGUCAAAUAAGCCUGUAUAUAAUGUUGUUGAGCUAAUGUUAAAUAUUAUUUAAAAGUUUAUCUAACAAAGUAAAAUGUUAGGUAAUUAGUUUCUGUAUUGCUCAGCCUAAUCAAAGAGAGGAAUCAAAGACAACCAACUGCUAAAGGAUAUUGUAGCACAUGUUAAAAGUUAUGGUCUGUCUUUGUUUGAACGUUAAUUUCUACAGUAUGUUUGUUUUUAGUUUUUAUUGGUGAAAGUGAAAGUAUAUUUAUAUAUUUAUUUAUCGUUUGGAUCUUCUUUAAAAUGUGUUGUAAAUUUAUCUUUGUAUUCUGUUUACUAAUAAAAAGUUCAAGGAAGGUA